GUCAUUUGCAAAUGUUUCAGCUAAAAGAGGAAAAAGCCUGGAGGACAUAAAUCAUCAUGGAGGAAAUGGACAUUGAUGACAACAGUUACAAAAAGCUCUUGACUCCAGGUGGCUGCCACAGAAGCAAACAGCUGCUUAAACAUGCUGUGGUUUGUCUUGGCUUCCUCUGCGUGGUUCUCCUGGCUGGAAAUAUAGGACAGUUCUUCUUUUAUGAAACUCAUUGUACAGCAGUGAUAGGUGUGUUGCAAACAAAUAACAAUAUUACGACUCAAAACUACGAGAUUGACAGCACAGAGAAGAACGGGGUGCAGAGCAUGUACAAGUACUUAUCUGUGAAUAAAAACCACCUGGAGGUCAGAAUGAGGAACUUAACAAAUGAAAAGGAAGAGCUGCAGAAAGAUGAGCUGGAGGUCAGGUUUAGGGAUGUGACAAGCCAACGAGACCAGCUUCAAACUCAAUAUGGCACCUUAAAAAAUGAAAGUGACCAGUUGAAGACAAGUUAUGAUGAGAUGAAGCAGAGUUUUAGGGAGAUAGUGAGGAAUCACAAGAAUUUCACCGCAGAUGCAAAUCAGUUACAAACCAAAUACACGGACCUGCAAAGGGAGAAGGAGGAAUUACGAGCAAACUUUACUGCAUUUGUGCAGAAUACAGACCGGUUACAGAGAACUUACUCCUCCUCAGUGAGGCAUGAGAAACAUCAGCUGCAACAAAGUCUGGACAUCAUGAAUAAAAGUAAAAGUCAAACUGAGAAUAACUACAAGCAGUUACUGACCAACUACAGUAGUUUGGUCACAGACACAGAGAAGUUACAGAAGAAUCUCAACAAGAUGACUGAUAAAGUCAGAGGCAUGCUUUGUCCGAAGAAGUGGACAAAGUUUAAGACAAGCUGCUACUUUGUUUCAACUGAAAGGAGAAACUGGACUGAAAGCAGGCAUGCCUGUGUUGAUGAAGGUGCAGAUUUAAUGAUCAUUGACAGUCAUGAAGAACAGGUGUUUGUUAAUAGGCUACUGCAUAAAGACCAAAAUGCCUGGAUUGGUCUCACUGACAGUGUGGAAGAUGGGGUUUGGAUGUGGCUGGAUGGAAACACGGUCACUACAACGUUCUGGCAGGCAGAGCAGCCCAACAACUACGGUGGAAACCAGGACUGUGGAGAACUUGUACAAACACAAUCAGGGGGAGAAUGGAAUGAUGAUGGCUGUUUUUCUAAACAGAUCUCCAUCUGUGAGAAGUAAAGACCACAGAGCAAUAGUUAACUUUCCAUGUAGGAUUUAAUUUUCUGCCUCUAGAUUUACUCUCUAGCUUAAACUGUUUAUCAGAUAAAAGUACCCUAAAUAACAAAAACUGUCAUGUUAGCUUCCUUUUUGGCUCAAUGUUUAUGUAAACUACAACUAUUUACAGGAAUGAAGUCACAAGAUUUAAUGGAAACUAAAAAUGCUGCAAGGCUUUACUGUCAGGUUUUGUUUAAGCCAAUAUAUCCCCUGGCUGUGAAAUGGACUCAGAGAUGAUUAGUUAUUAGUUAUUAGUAGGGUUGUCACGGUAACCGGUAUAGCGGUAAACCCCGGUAAAAAAGUUGACAAUAAAAAUAACCGUCCAGUUUUUAAAAAACUAUAUUAUCUCGGUGGGUUUACCGUGGCCGCGGUUUCCGCGCGAUGACCCUUACCAGCCACCGUCGCUUCAGCUGAAGUUCCCGCGGCGCGCACACGCACUUUUUAGUUUGCAACGGCACCAAAACUUUGAAGCUGAAAUAACGGCCGAAGGAGGAGACGGCAGCGCCCAGGACAUCCAUCAGCCCUCAAAGAAGACUAAAUCGGAAGUAUGGGCCUAUUUUGGAUUUCUGAAAAAUGCUGAGGGACAGUUAAUAGAAGACUGCUAUCCCGUUUGCAGAACGUGCAGGAAACAAGUGUCUGCAAAAGGCAGCAACACUUCGAAUCUAAUGGCACAUCUGCGUGACCAUCACCCACGUCUCUACAGCCAGUGCAAGGUAAGUUAACGCUAGCAUUUUAGCUUAAAUGCAUGACGUGAGGACUUUUGGUUGAGGGAGAAUGCAACGAGUCGCCGCAGCGUCCUCUGCCAGCAUUUAAACCGUGUCACGGACACCCUGUUGCUGGAUGAAGCAUCUUAUUUGUUGAUGAUGAAGAGAAAUAUACAAUUAGUUCCUUGUCAUUGAUUUGUUUACUUAUUCAAUGCCAUUUAUACUUGAACAUUUGGAUUUGAUUACAUAGUGUAGUAGUUAUUUUAGUAAUUUGUUUAAAGUGGCUGUUUAUUUUAAAUACAUAUUUUUUUAAGGUUGACUUGUACAGUGCUCAAGUCAAGUGUGGACUGGAGUUUUAGAUUUUCAUUUUGAUAAUGAAGAAAACAAGUAUAUGAGAAAACAAGUGGUGUUUCUUUGAUUUGUUUACAUAUUGUUUAUGUUUCGAAUGUUUGGAUUUGUAUAAUUUAAACCUGCACUGACUACUGUAACAUGUUCCAGAAAAAUAAGCUAUUUGUUCCUUUACUUGUGAAAAGUUGCACUUUUGCUAAGGCUUUGUGUUAUUUUAGGUUUAAUAAACACUGUUAAACCUUUUCAGAACUAUUUCAGUUUGUGUAGAACAGGACUAUCAAUGCUUUCUGAACAUAUGCAACACCGUUUAAAAAAUACCGCGAUAAUACCGAAAACCGUGAUAAUUUUGGUCACAAUAACCGUGAGGUUAAAUUUUCAUACCGUGACAACCCUAGUUAUUAGUUUGAUUAGUCAUCUGUCAAACUCACAUUAUAACCUUUUUAGGUUUAAUUAGGUACUUUGCUGUCUUGCCUUCUACCAUUAAACAUGAUAGUAAAACAAAAAUCCAUCAUUUUCAUUUUUAAAGUUUUACAUAUCAGAACAUUAUAAAAGUGACCCAAUCUUUGCCAGCUUCUAGUAUUCAAAUCUAAUUUCAAGUGUGAAAAGCACAGAACAGGUUCCUUCAUGACAUUAUUUAUUAAACAAAAACAAAGCCAGAGUGGAAAAAAGCUGCAUAAAAAAAACCCAUCUCAUAAAACAACAUCUUGUAGCCUACAACAUCCUGUAGCAGCAACAAUUGUCAGUAGUGGUUUUCUGUCUAACUUCAUCAGUCUCUUGCAUGGUUCUGGAGGAAUUCUGGCCCACGCUUCUUUCCACGGUUGCCUUGGUACACUGAGGUUUACAGACAACAGUUACUGCUCAGUUUUCUGAAGGUCCCACCAUAGAUUUUGAAUCAAGUUGAGGUCUGGACUUUGACUGAAUUGUUAAAUCUUCUUGAUUAUGGGGUUAGGGUGUGUUUUGGAUAGUUUUCUAUUACCUGAUCUAGUUUAGUCCUAAUCGACAGAUGGACUCAUGCCAGACUAGAUGACUUUGGUCUAUAAAAGAGAUCAUGAAGCAUGAAGCAUGAAGUUAUUGAUUGUAGUCCCCUUUUGUCAAGAUGUAUAUUGAUGAUCUGCUUUGAUGUAUUCAAUCUGCACCACUUUAAGUCAAGUUAGGAUUGAUAAAUCUUUUGUGUUAGGAUACACCACCCCACAGUUCCCACAGUCCCUCCCCUUCAUACGUAAUACCCCACAUCCCUCCCUCCAACCCUGCUUGCCUCUUUAAAAGCUCGGAUCCAUUUCAGCGGACAGACUGAGAACGUAUCAGAAUGGUGAAAGACCAAAGAAAUACCUCUUAAGAAAAUGGUGAAGCAAGAGGAGAUGGAUGAAGUGUCUACAACCGAUGCUUCAACCUCUACCCGAGAGAAGAAGGAGGUGAAAGAGGAGAGCGUUGACACUCCGUCGCCGCUAUCACAGACCUUGUUCUGUGAAAAAUCCAUAGUGAUCCAUCAGCUGCCUUCAGGGGGUGGUGUUUCCCACAAAUCUACAUUCUAUAUGUGUAGAGUUCAGCUUCCUCCUUUUGGCAGUAAAGAGUCCUUGGAGCAAAUUUGGCCUCUUGAACCUUACGACGAUACCGGUAGUUUUGGGUACCGGUUCAGCUAUGACACUAAGGGGCUGUGUCUAAUGGUAACACUUUACAAUAAGGUACCUGAAAAUCCACUGCCCAUCCGCAUCCUCCAGCCCCUACCAUGAAGCGCUGAAAGCUAUCACGGCAUUCUGGAUUUCAUCCAGCGAUGGAAGAGCUUGCGGCCUGUUGCGCUUUACAGCUGGACAAGGUCUCUCACGAUCAUCUUUGUACACCCUGCAUGGAACUGUGAGGUUGAGUACUGCCCAGUCUUUCAAGGCCUUGGUCCGGGAGAGAGGAUCGGAGCUCUUCUUUGUGCUGGAAAAUAUGCAUGUUGCAUGCGGUAUUUACUGCCUUUUACAGGUUGUACCAUUCAAGCCCUGGUGUGAGAAAAUAGAUGAAGUGGGGGAUCGUAUCACUUCAAUUUUUCUUAACAGCCGCUGCUGGAGAGACAUUCUGACUGACAGUGUGAAAAAAGCUGGAAUUCUAAGCCCCGCCUCAGGAGGAGGAGAAGGAGCGGUGGUCGCAUCAUCAAACCACGCCCCCCAACCAUCACUAGUUAUAAAGAGCUUUCAGCUAGAAACCAUUUCAUCCCAGACGAUCUAGCACAUUAGCAUGAUGGGUUUCUACACUCAGUCAACCCUUGAUGAACUAUGGACCCAGAACAGCUUUUCUCCGCAACCGAGCUGGGUGCUAGCCGCUUCAUCACCACCGAGAUACAACGGCAGUAAUCGGCCCACGUUGCCGCCACCACCAUCAUGCUUUCCGGACGAUAACUUCCCACGGCUCCCCACAAUCAUGGAGGUUCCGGAGACCGUCUCUGGUAACGUACCAUUCAGACCCUCGAUCGACGAGACUCUGGCGAGUCCUGAUACUCCACAUCCUUCAGAGACAUCAACCCCUGACCCGCCACCGGUUUCGCCUCAACCAGCUCGGGAGGACGGUGUGCAACAGCAGCAGCAGCAGCAGACCCUCGACAUCCAUAGCACUGCGUAAGAGCCUCUACAUCUGCCUGACAGGGUGUUUUCAGAAGACCAGGUGGACCGAGUGAAGAUGGGGCUUCUUCACUUGGUCAACAUGGCAAUCAAAGCUCUCCUACCUACAAUCUGUCACGGAUGCAAGAUCAAUCACCCCAGUCAGUGGCAACACGAAUGUCUUUACGUAGCUGAAAAUGAAUUAUUUUUCGAUUUUCACUUUUCUGACAUUAUCAGCAGAGUUUUAACACCCAAGCUGAUUCCGGCUCUUCAAAGUUUUCUCAUUCUGCAUGGCUUUCAGCUGGAUGCUGAGAUCCUGUUCACCAUGGCUGUGACGCAGCUGCACAGAUUCAGGGCUGUGAUGCCCAUUCACAAAGACAUUUUUCCGGUGUACGAUCGCCUGACCAAAGCUGACCUGGAUGCACUGGCUGCGGUGGUGGAAUGAACUGUGGGGGGUAUGCUGUCUCUUCUGCAACUUUUUUUUAUUAUUAUAAUCAUUUCUAGCAGUUCGCCAUUAGAUUUUAUUCAUUAUAUUUGAUGGCUGUUUUUUUACAGUCUGAUUAGAUUUUAUAUUUGACCAGACUGCACGGUUGUUUUUUUAUAGUGUGAAUAGAUUUUAUUCCUUAUAUCUGACUAGAUUGUACUGCAUUUUUUACAGUACAGUUAGAUUUUAUUCCUUAUAUAUGACUAGCUUUAUUGUCACAUGUGUACAAUUUAUGAAAUAAAAAGAAAUAAUGAGAAUGAAUAUGUAUUAUUUUUUUCAAGCAUCCAUCAGAGAUGGAGGAGGUAAUGAAAAAGGUUUAGUUUUCACCAGAACAUCAGGGUAGUUACGGAGGUGUGGAAAGGUUUAGAACCAGUUUAAAUGAGAGAUUGGGGAGAAAGUUUCAUCGGAUAAGGCUCGCGUUUUUCUCUCAGAGCAGGAUGCUUACACACUACACAAACCGGCAAGAGUUUGUUUUCCGAGAAAUAAGGUUUUUGUCUCAGGGUCACUAAAGCAGUUUCAAGCUGACUUAUGCGACAUGCAGGCCUUGUCAAAAUCCAACGACUAUUUUAAUGACCUAUUAACCGCCAUAGAUGUAUUUUCAAAGAAGACCUAUGUACGAGUCCUGAAAAACAAAUCGGGGAAAGAUGUUACAGAAGCUUUUGCUUCAGUUUUGAAAGACAGUGGUACCCCUAAAAAAACUGCAGACGAAUGAUGGUAAUGAAUGUUUUAUAAGAAAUUUGAUGCUCUCAUGAAGAAACACGGCAUUGUGCACUUUGCCACAGCCAGCAGCGUAAAGGCCAGCAUUGUGGAGAGAUUUAACAGGACUCUAAAAGGUAGAAUGUGGAUAUUUCACGGCAAAAAACACCCAUCGCUACAUAGAUGUGAUUCAAGAUUUAGUACGAGGUUAUAACCAUAGCUACCAC